AUCCGCAAGUUGAAUCGUCGCUCGCUUCAGUCCAAUCCGCUUCGUCAAGCAUGUGCAAGGUCAUCAACACCGUCCAGUCGCUCGCCUGGCUGCGCCGCGCCGUGCGGCGGUGGCGCUCCCGAGCGGCGGCCUCGGUGCUGCCCAACAACGAUGUGUUGGUGCCGGCGGGGCACGUGGCGGUGCGCGUGGAGGGCCGCGGCGACGGGGAGUCCUCGCCGAGACGGUUCGUUGUGCCGGUGGCGCAGCUGAGCCACCCGGCGUUCUGGGAGCUGCUCCAGCAGGCGGAGGAGGAGUACGGUUUCCCGUCGGCCUCCGGCCCCCUCGCGCUCCCCUGCGACGAGGACCACCUCCGCGAUGUCCUCCGCCGCGUCUCGUCCUCGGUCCCCAAGGAUCGCGGCUGCUUCCGCCGCCGCGGUGCCAUGGCGGCGCCGCACGAUGACUCGCGGCCGCUGCUGCCGGGGGUGGCUUUGAAGAAGCUCGUCUCGUGAUUAAUCGUAGGUCGAUCGUUCGUUCGUAUAAGCGGGAUAGCCGUGCUCAUUUGCUCCUUUUCAUGCAAGCCGAAAGCAGCAGCCAGCAGUAGUACAACUACGGUCACGCGCGCCCAUGCCGCGGCGCCGUGCCAUCCAGGGCGCAGAGUGCGCGCGCUGAAACCGGGCAAAACUGUUACACUGACAAAUCGCCCCGAUGCUACUGGACUAUCACCCCAUCAGUCGAGUUGGCAUCUUAUAAAAUGUACAUAUUUUCUUGUCCUAAAGAUUAAGGCCCUGUUCGGAGA